AUGAAACGCCAGAAACUUAUCUGUCAUUCAGGUUCUUUCUUUCUUUCUUUCUUUCUUUCUUUGCUUUUUUUUUUUUUUUUUCUUUUUUUUUUUUUUUUUUUGUCGAAAUGCACUCGAUAUUUAAUGUCCGUUAUACAGUGUUUUGCACUAGUUAUCUAUCUAUCUAUCUAUCUAUCCUAUUUGUUGAGUAUGAACUGGACGAUAGCUGAAUCUAUCUAUCUAUCUCUAUCUAUCUAUCUAUCUAUCUCAUUCUUUAUCUAUCUAAACUUUCAUACGUAUCAAAUGCUACUAAUUUGCUUAAGUGAUAUUUCAAUCCCAUCCAGACAUUUCGAUACCAUUUUGCCCCAUCUACUCACCCUCCACGUUGAUUCCAUUCUAAUUCUACAUGUUUUUCCUUUUGAGAAUCCAUUCUCCUUUUACAUUCCUAGUCAGUUCUCUCUCUCUCUCUCUCUCUCUCUCUCUCACCUGUUUGGUUCCACCCCAAUGACACUCCAUCUCAUAUCCCAACAACUUCCUUUCUUUCUCUUUCUCUACUUUCUCUCCACAAUUUCUCUCCCUUUCUUAACUUCAUUUUCUGGGCUCAGUUUCUCCCCCUCACUUAAUAUAUGUCGUAUGAUUUUUUUCUCUCUCUUUUUCUUUACUUUUUCUGGUCAACUUCUCUUUAUCACUCGCUCUCUCUCCCCCUCUCUCUCUCACUCGUUUCCAUCCUUGCUCAAAAAUGUUUCCCUUCACUCUCUCUCUCUCUCUUUUUACUUUCUCUUUCCACUUUCAUUCUCUCUCUAUUGUCUCUCUCUCUCUUACUCAGUAACUCUCAUAGAACUCCCGCUCCCUCCGUUUCAUUAUUUUCACUUUCUCUCUUUCUCUCCCUGUUUCUAA